AACGAAUACUACACCACGUCUCUCUCCUCCUCUGUCGCCGCGCUCCCCCACCCCCCGAGCGAGAAAUUCCCGGGAAAAAAUCGGUCGACGGUAUGUCCACCGAGUCAACCGAGUUGAGUAAUCCGCUCACGGCGGCGGAGAGGUCGUCGCUAAUGGAUCUCGACCCCGAUCUCGACGGUCCCUGGCAGUUCGAUCACAUCUUCUUCGUCAACCCGACGUCGCCGUUUUCCCCGCCGUCCUCCGACCAACCCGGCCCGCCUCUGUUGGAUUGUUCCGACGAUCGUGACGACGAACCCGCCGGAAAUUCCGCGUCACCGAGCGGCGGAAGUACUCGUCUGUUCUACAACUGUAGAGAAGUUUCGUUAGAUAUAGGUAAUCCUGAUUCAGUUACUGGAAGUCUGCCUAGAAUUGGUGGUACAAGAAGGCUACCUCCACCAUCUCUGGGAUUGACACCACUGAAUUAUCCGGAUUGGUCUUGUGUGAUUAAGGAGAGAAUGGCACAGGCGCUACGAUACUUCAAAGAAUCGACUGAACAACAUGUUCUAGCUCAGGUUUGGGCACCUGUGAAGAGAGGCGGCCGGUAUGUGCUCACAACUUCUGGCCAACCCUUUGUGCUCGACCCACGCACUAAUGGACUUCACCAAUAUAGAAUGGUCUCGCUGAUGUAUAUGUUUUCUGUGGAUGGGGAGGAUGGUGGAGCCCUUGGCCUUCCUGGGCGUGUUUUCCAAAAAAAAUUGCCGGAGUGGACUCCAAACGUGCAAUAUUAUUCCACCAAGGAGUAUCCACGACUUAGUCAUGCUUUGGUUCACAAUGUUCAGGGAAGCUUGGCUUUGCCAGUUUUUGAACCUUCUGGGGAGUCCUGUGUUGGUGUGCUUGAGCUCAUAAUGACUUCACCGAAGAUUAACUAUGCUCCUGAAGUUGACAAAGUCUGCAAAGCACUUGAGGCGGUAAAUUUAAGAAGUUCGGAGAUUUUGGAUCAUCCAACCACACAGGUAAACAGCAACAAUAAUAUGAAAACUCACCCUAUAGUCUUUUCUUUCUGUGAUCUCACAAAUGCAUGUUUUAAUGUGCUUCUGAACCAGAUUUGUAAUGAAGGUCGUCAAAAAGCACUUGCUGAAAUCUUGGAGAUACUAACAGUGGUGUGUGAAACUCACAAAUUACCUUUGGCUCAGACCUGGGUUCCUUGCAGGCAUCGCAGUGUUCUAGCAAUUGGUGGUGGUUUGAAAAAGAGCUGCAGUAGCUUUGAUGGCAGUUGCAUGGGACAAAUCUGUAUGUCAACCACAGAUGUAGCUGUUUAUGUAGUUGAUGCUCAUAUGUGGGGAUUCAGGGAGGCAUGUGCUGAGCAUCACUUGCAAAAGGGGCAGGGGGUUGCUGGGAGGGCAUUUGCAUCCCAAAACUCAAGUUUCUGCGAGGAUAUUACCCAGUUCUCCAAAACUGAGUACCCCUUGGUGCAUUACGCACGCAUGUUUGGAUUAACUAGCGCUUUUGCAAUCUGCUUACAAAGCACUCACACUAGAAACGAUGAUUACAUUUUGGAAUUCUUUCUGCCCCCUGACAUCGGGGACAAAAGAGACCAACUGAAGUUGUUGGGCUCCAUAUUGGUUACAGUGAAGCAGCAUCACCAGAGUCUUAAGGUUGCGUCCAGUAAAGAACAUGAAGGAGAGGUAAGAUGUGUUGAAAUAAUUAAAGCCUCGAUGGGUGAGAUACUUGGUUCAGAAAUUGAAUCUGUUCAAGUAUUACAAAGUGCAAUAUUUCCACCUGGCCCUGUUACCUUACAAAAUGGACCAGAGAUGGAACUUCUUGAUUCUCCGCAACUGCAGUUAAGGAUAGAAGUUGAUUCUAUUACCAGUGGAGGGAGCAUUGGUGAAGCAGGUGAAAUCCAGAAUGGUGUUUCUUUUCCAGGCCGUCGACACGGGAGCAAAAAAUCAGAGAGGAAACGUGGAAAAGCUGAGAAAUCAAUCAGCUUAGAGGUGUUACAGCAACACUUUGCUGGAAGUCUUAAAGAUGCUGCUAAGAGUUUAGGUGUUUGCCGUACUACAAUGAAGCGAAUCUGUCGGCAGCAUGGGAUCUCUCGUUGGCCAUCCCGCAAGAUCAACAAGGUUAGCCGUUCCCUGUCUAAGCUACAGCGUGUUAUGGAAUCUGUCCCAGGCACUGGAGGAGAAUUUAAGUUAGCUUCUCUUGCCGCAAGUUCACUUCCUGUUGCUGCCUCUUUGGAUGUUCCCAAUCGACAGAAUGCAGCAGGUUCUAAACCUCCCAACCUUGGGGAAGAAAAACAUGAAUUUAUGACCCCUAAUGAAUCUGGAAGCCAACAUCAUGAAGGCUCAAGCCCAUCCAAAUCAGGAAGUGGCUUACAAGAGGAGAGCUGCGGGACCCCUACUUCCGAUGGCUCAUCCCUCGGUGUCUCCUGCUUAGGAAAUCAGCACUCAUCCCAAAACGAUCUAGCUGUUUCGCCUCUCCACGAAAAGCAUGUGAAAGUUUGCAGAUCAAUUGAACUGACGUGUCAACCAGCAGCUACAUUUUUUACUCCUGCUGCUAAUGUCACAACACAAAGUAGAGAAAAAAUUGGAGGAACCCUGAUCGAAGAUGCCGGAAGCCCACAUGAUAUUAGCCCUGCAGCAGUGCAUGUUCUUUUUGAUGACCGGGUCCCAUUACAUUCUGAACUGGAAUGUAGAGAAGGCAUAGUAGCUUCUACUGACAGAAUGCCACAUAUUUUAGCCGGGCUAGAAAUGGAGACUGUGACCAUAAAAGCGACGUACAAUGAUGACAUUAUAAGAUUCCGGCUUUCUUUGGAUUCUGGUAUUGCCAAACUCAAGGAAGAAGUGUCAAAAAGGCUGAAAGUGGACAUGGGUACGUUUGAUAUCAAGUACCUAGAUGAUGAUAAUGAAUUGGUUUUAAUAACCUGCGAUGCAGACCUACUGGAGUGUGUGGAUGUAUCCAAUUUAUCUGGCAGCAAAAUAAUCAGAUUGUCCAUUCAUGAUGUGAUGGCCAAUCUGGGGAGCUCCAUUGAGAGUUUGGGCCAAUAAGGAAGAUUCCUUGUAAAUAUGGUCAUUGGACGGUACUGAAUUGUGUCUGGAAGCAUAGGUAUGUUUAAAUUACUCUAAUUCCAUGUGAGUACUGAAUUACUGACUGGUGUUUUUAUGCCAGGCAUUAGAGACUUGAUUUUCCUUGUCUGUGAAGUAAUUCCUUGGUUGUGAUGGAUGUUUUUUUGACAUUUACAGCCAAUUCUCAGUUGUUAAAAAGAAUGUUGAAUUUGCAUUAUAGUGGUUUAGGUUGACGAGGAAGGAAUGGAUGUGUUCCACGGGGCAAAUGAAUGUCGGAAUGCAUGCUGAGCUUGGUAUGGGGACCUUGCUUGAAUAGUUUUACGGGUAAUGGAUGUUGGGAUUUUGUCAAGCAUGGAUUCACACAAGCAAUCCUGAUUAAAACUUUUCUUUUUUGUAUGGUCACUAGUGUUAAAGAUGUUUGAAAAGCACGCCUGCAAGUUACUUUGCAUCAAUUCUAGAAACUGUUCUAAAGAGGCAUAGGUUUAUAUUUUGUCCACUUUAUAUGCAUUACAAAACUUCAGUUUUUCAUGUUCAACAUUGAGAUUAUCUGCGAGUUGGUAAACAAGGGUUUUAUUUUCUGGUAUAAUUGC